CAUUCAGAUACAAUGCAUCGAUGAUGAGCUCAACACCACCACGCGCGUCGAGCCAACGAGCCAUCUUCAGCGAAUCCGCUGCCAAUGGAGUCAGCAGUCCGCCGAGCAGUCCUCCGGACGCCUUUCCAUGGGAAAGGAAGCAAGACGAGUCCUUGUUAACUCGCAACAACAAGUCCGUCUCAAAAACAUCGACAACAGCAGGACCUUUCAAGAACGUGUUCUCCAUCCUCGGCAAGCGCAAACCUCUAACGCCUUCCACCGACAACCCUCGCCCUUCGAAGACCUCCAAACCGUAUAACUCUGCCAACGAUGGUCUCCAACAAAUGCAAAUGAGCCUCGGCCAGAAAGUCCAAAAGAAAUGUCUCACAUGUGGAAUGCAGUACGUCGCUUCCUCUGCAGAAGACCGGAAACUGCACGAUAAGUACCAUAAGCAGAAUGUGGAUGGGUAUGAUGUCGGCAAGGACUUUGUGGUGAAGGUGAGGCAAGAAGACAAGGCACUAUGUGUCCUCAAAGGAGUGAAAGUGGGAGACGCGAUUGUGUAUAUGGACUGUGGGAACUCUGUUCAUCGGAAGAGAAAGGCACAGGAGGUCUUGGAGAUUGUGCAGAGGGAGCUGGGAGCUGUGGAGAUCCCGGAGAAGGAGAUUUGGCAGGGAAGAAGGCGGGACGGCGGAGAGGCUCCGGACGAUCCAACAUAUAAGUGUUUCUUGUAUGUCCGAGGGACGAAGUGUGUGGCGUUCUUGCUGGUGAAGAGGAUUGAGCAAGCAUUGGAGGUGGUGAGGCCGAAGGCUCUAGAAAAAGACAAGAGGUCGGCAACCCCAACGAGGGAGAAAGCAGAAGCUACCACGAGAACGCAGUCUGCACUGGAGAAACUCAGAGCACGGAAGCAGCAAGAAGCAGAUGCUGCAAAAGCUAUUCAAGACGAGAUUGAAGAAGCAGCGGCACAUCCAAUCGAGCUCUCCGAGUCCAAACAUUCUGCUGUCAUGGGCAUCUCGAGGAUCUGGACUUCUUCUUCCGUGAGAGGACAAGGCAUAGCUCGAUGUCUUUUGAACACUGCGAUCAACCGGCACAAUUCCACGAUCGGGUCCCGAGAAGAUGGGAAACAACCCACGACAGGUGAUUCUCUGAGGAAGAUUGGAAGGAAACAGGACAUCGCGUUCUCUCAACCCACGGCGGCUGGAGCACAAUUAGCGAGAAAGUGGUUUGGAAGGGCAUAUGGAUGGAGAGUCUAUGUGGACUGAGCAGCAGGACAAAGAGCAGA